AUGGCCAAUGAACAGCCUUCUAAAAAGCAGCGCUACCUGAAUGCAGCGGCCACUUUGGCUAUGCCCUUCAAGUCUCCGCUCAAACGUUCACCCUCCGAAGCGGCUCUACGAAUUCCAUCUCUCACUUCGGAUCCAAGCGCACCAGCUCAACCUGGGGUAAGCCAUGCGUACUCGAUCAUGAAAGAAAGUGCUCAAGGCGAUCAAGAAAUAUCGUUAUCAUCCAAUCCAAAACUUCAACCGCGACUCGUCCGCCUUCGUCUCGGUGGACCAGCACGAACAUCUCUGGCUGACGCAGAGCGCUCAGCGCUAGAGAAACGGGAACGAUCCCUACAGGCUCAGCUCAAAUCGUUGGACGAAGAGCUCGAUCGCAUUCAGCAAGCGAUCCAGAUCGAAUCCUCUGGAAAGGAUGUGGAGCUUAAAGCUCUAACCAUAAAGUGGCGACUCGUCGCGCAGGAAGCAGCCGAUGAGCUGUUCACCGGUGCCAAAGAACGAGUUGCUCGCAUGGGCGGGAUAACAGCCUGGAGGGAACGCAACCAGGGUCAGUCUGCGCAGUGGGGCUUUGACGACGAGGCUCAAGGACGCGGCAGCGUUGGUGAAGACCCUAUUUCGGAAGACAAUGGUACAGUGCAGCUCCGCGAGGGACAGGAUGAGGAAUUCACCAUGCAAGCCAUGCUGAAGAUGUUGAACGUCGACCCCAAGCUCAUCGGAAUUGAUCCGUCGACAGGCAGCUGGGUCCGAGAGGAAUAG